AAGUCCCGAAGUGUAAUUCUCCCGCCCGCGCCAUGGCAGGCGCGGCGCCGUCCGCGCGGCGCAUGUCGCACACGCAGUUCAUCGAGCACCUCCGCCGCGCGGCCGCCCGCCCCCGCGACGGUGAGGCCCUCCACGCCUGGGCGCUCAAGUCCGGCGCCGCCUCCAACGCUCCCGUCUCCAACUCCCUCAUCACUUUCUACUGCUCCCUCCCGCGGCCCCUCCUCCACGCCGCCUUCGCCGUCUUCGCCGACAUCCCCGCCGCCGCGCGCGACGUCGCCUCGUGGAACUCCCUUCUCAACCCUCUCUCCCGCGACCGCCCCCUCGCUGCGCUCUCCCACUUCCGCUCCAUGCUAUCCUCCUCGGCCGCCGUCCUCCCGUCGCCGCACUCCUUUGCCGCCGCGUUCACCGCCGCCGGUCGCGUGCCCUACGCGUUCGCCGGCGCCGCGGCCCACGCUCUCGCUUGCAAGCUGUCCUCCGCCGGCUCCACUAAUGUGUUCGUCUCCACCGCCCUGCUCAAUAUGUACUGCAAGCUGGGUAUUACCUCUGAUGCCCGCAGGGUGUUUGAUGAAAUGCCGCAUCGGAAUGUAGUGUCAUGGACUGCUAUGGUAUCCGGGUAUGCUGUGGGGAAGUGCUCUGAGGAGGCGUUUGAGCUCUUCAGGCUGAUGCUUCAGGAGUGCCCGCUGGAGAAAAACGAGUUUGUCGCCACUGCAGUUCUUAGCGCAGUUAGCGUGCCAUUGGGUUUGCUUAAGGGGGUGCAGGUGCAUGCGUUGGUUGUGAAGGAUGGGUUGCUGGGAUUUGUGUCUGUGGAGAAUUCACUUGUCACAAUGUAUGCGAAGGCUGAGUGUAUGGAAGCAGCGCUGCAGGUGUUUGAGUCAUCAAAGGAGAGGAACUCGAUCACAUGGUCUGCAAUGAUCACCGGGUAUGCUCAGAACGGGGACGCAGAUAGUGCAACUAGGAUGUUCUCAAAGAUGCAUACUGCAGGAUUCUCACCAACUGAAUUCACCUUUGUUGGGGUACUAAACGCAUGCAGUGACAUGGGAGCGUUGGCGCUUGGGAAGAAGGUACAUGGCUUGAUAGUGAAGCUUGGGUUUGAGAUGCAAGUGUAUGUGAAGAGUGCAGUGGUGGACAUGUAUGCCAAGUGCGGUUGCAUUGGUGAUGCAAAAUAUGGGUUUCAUCAGUUGUAUGAUGUUGACGAUGUUGUCCUUUGGACGGCUAUGAUUGCUGGGCAUGUGCAGAAUGGGGAGCAUGGGGAAGCUCUGAUGUUGUAUUCCAGGAUGGACAAAGAGGGCAUCAUGCCCAGUAAUUUGACUAUAACUAGCGUUCUUAGAGCAUGUGCGUGCCUUGCAGUAUUGGAGCCAGGGAAACAACUGCAUGCACAAAUCUUGAAGUGUGGUUUUGGUUUGAGUGGUUCUGUUGGAAGUGCUCUAUCUACAAUGUAUUCAAAGUGCGGGAACCUUGAAGAUGGCAUGGUUGUCUUUAGAAGUAUGCCUGAUAGGGGUGUUAUUGCAUGGAACUCGAUCAUUUCUGGUUUUUCACAAAAUGGAUGUGGCAAUGGUGCACUUGACCUGUUUGAGGAGAUGAAGCUAGAGGGCACUGCACCUGAUCAUAUAACAUUCAUGAAUGUAUUAUGCACUUGUAGCCACAUGGGCCUAGUUGACAGAGGUUGGAUUUAUUUUAGGUCAAUGACCAAAGACUACGGUUUAAUGCCUAGGCUGGAUCACUAUGCUUGCAUGGUUGAUAUUCUUAGCCGAGCUGGGCUGCUAAAGGAAGCAAAGGACUUUAUAGAGUCAAUUACCAUUGACCAUGGAACAUGCCUAUGGCGUAUAGUCCUAGGAGCAUGCCGCAGUUUACGGGAUUUUGAUGUUGGAGCAUAUGCAGGUGAACGGCUGAUGGAAUUAGGUAGUGAGGAUUCCUCAGCGUAUAUAUUGUUGUCAAACAUCUAUGCUGCCCAAAGAAAAUGGAAUGAUGUUGAGCGGGUGAGACAUUUGAUGAGACUCCGAGGAGUUAGCAAAGAUCCAGGAUGUAGCUGGGUUGAGCUAAACAGCCGAGUUCAUGUGUUUGUUGUUGGGGAACAGCAACAUCCUGAAGCGGAAAAUUUAAAUACAGAGUUGAUGAGGCUAGCUAAACACAUGAAGGAUGAAGGGUCUCUUCAAUUAUCUAAAUUCUCAUUUGAUGAAGAACUGGAUGCACUAGGAGAGUUUCACAAAGAAGAUCAACUGGAGUUUAUAUCAGCAGCUUAUAGCUGAGUUUCCAAAAGAUAAGAAAGGUAUCCCCCAUGGUCCCAUCCAAGCUAACAGUUGGAACAUGUGGUUGAGGGGUGAAACCAGGCCUCAAUGACCUUAUUGAACACAGAAUUGGACAAUGACCAAAUGAAUAUGAGAGUCAAUGCUCUAAAAAGAUUAGGACAAACAGGACUGGGAUGAAAGAACUUAGAUGGGUAGAGACUUAACUCUUUCUUGCUUGCUUCAUAACGGGUACAUGCUAUCCCUUUUAUAGGGAUGACAUGGCUUUACUCCUAAGAAACAAUCUCUAUCUUUCUCCAAGGAAACUUAUCUCUAAUACUUGGAACAGAUCUACAAGGUAGUAAACCUAACUAAUAAGGAAAUUAGCUAUUCUUAUUGCUAAUUUUUAACUAAAUACACGCCGGCAUGCC